CAAACUGAAGUAUGAAAACAAAAGUCACGUUAAAGCUUCCUUUUAUGGUCGAUACACAACCGCUUGAUUUUGACAAAUUUUACAAGAGCUAGUGUAUAGCUAUCUGGAUUAUUUCUGAAUGUAUCUUGAGGAAUUUCGGUCUUACAGACAUGUUUUUUUUUGCGACAUUGUACACUAAGAGAAACUUUGCAAACGAUGAAACAAAUAUAUUUCGCUACCAUUCGAUAGUGGAUUGAGAGUGACCGCUGAAACCUCGGGGACUUAAAACUGGACCUUAAAAGCAUCAAUAUGGCCUUACUUUAUUUCUUUCUCCCUUUCUAUAUAUAUAUAUAAUGACCAACACUCAAAAGCUUCGUAUUCUUUGUUUGCAUGGCAUGGUUCAAAAUGCCUCUGUUUUCCGUAAAAAGACAGCUGUCAUUAGAAAGAAACUUGAUAAAAUUGCUGAUAUGGUCUACGUCACUGCACCUCACUUAAUCCUUGACCCAAAGUAUACUUCGGAAGCACACCGUGCUGCUGCUGCUGACGAAAAUGCCCCUGAAGAGGAGAAACCAUUUGGUUGGUGGCAACCUUAUAGAGACCAACAAACUGAAGAAGGCUUUUAUCAAGGCUUUAAAGAAUCGAUUGAACGUAUCAAAGAAAUAAUGAUUAAAGAAGGUCCUUUUGAUGGUGUCUUUGGCUUUUCUCAAGGCGCCUGUCUUGCUGGUGUAUUACUUACCUUGCUAGAGAACCGUGAUGCAAUGCCAUCUUUGUUUGGCCCUGAUUUCAAACAUCCUAAUUUCAAAUUUGGCAUCGUUGCAGCAGGCUUCAAACCUUCUCAACAAAGAGCUACUGAGAAUAUCUGGAGCCAUAAAAUUUCUACUCCUACGCUUCACAUGAUUGGUGAAGAAGAUAGUCUAAUUACUCCUGAACUUCAACAAACUCUUGUGGAUCAAUGUAUUGACCCCGUUGUCCUUCGUCACUCUGGAGGUCACGUUGUACCCUCGAAUGCUGCUGCUAGAAAUGAGACAGUUGCAUUUGUAUCCAAGUUCGUAAACUAGGUCUUUUCAUUACCCUGUAGAUGUACUUUUUUCAUUUUAGACCAUUAGAAAAUAACAUUAUCAUUGCCAAAGAGAUAAAGAAAAAGGACUAGCACAUAAAAAAAAUGAUCUGUCUUUUUGUAUAUCUUAUUUUUUUUUUUUUUGACCCAGGUCAAAAGGAAGAAAAAUAUAUGAUCAUAAAAGUGACAUCAAUGUGUUUCUUGAUUCUUAUCUUGCAUUAUUCAUUUAAAAUACC